CGGCAGUGAACUUCUGCGCUCCGCUCGCUGUCAUGCAGGUGGAAUUCAGUCCAACCGUGUGAUUCAAGCAGCACAUCAGGACAGACAUCCAGUUUGAAGAGAGCUUCCGUCCAAACCUGACUUCAUCUCCGAGCAUCACAUGCGCAAUUUACCUUAACACAGUCAUGGCAUCAUCAGCACAACCGAGCAAUUUGAACAGCAACCGGAUCGGAUACAUUUAAACGACGAAUCUUCAGAGAGACUCGCAUCAUGCUCAGGUGGUCUGUCUUUCCCACUGAAGGAGAUCAUAUAGUCUGCGUUUGGGAAAGAAAACAGUCGUGUGAAUGUUUAGAAUAUUAAUAAGUAGAUCCUUUGUAUAAUCAUGGAGGAGAGCAAUACCUGUGAAUCAGUCCCAGAUUUAAAGGAUCUGGAGUUAAAAGUGGGAAGAAAGACCCCAGAGGGUCUCCUGAAGUGGAUGAGAGAGGAGCACAAAAUGAUCUCUCAUCAUCAGACAGACAAUAAUGAGACAGAGAAGAAAGGACUGGAUGAGAAGAUCCGAAAACUUAAGAUGGAGAUGGCUCAUCUACGAGCAGCAGAUGUCAAGAUCUUGAACCAGUUGCUAGCACUGCAUGAGGGCAUCGAGGCAGUGAAAUGGCUCCUGGAAGAGCGUGGCGCGCUCACCAGCCGCUGCAGCAGCCUGACCAGCAGUCAGUACAGCUUAGGGGAGGGUCCUGACACUUCCUGGAGGGGCAGCUGGAGCAGUCUGCAGGACCCCCAUGACAAGCUGGACAACAUUUCGAUUGGCAGCUAUCUGGACACAUUAGCUGAUGAUCUGGAUGAGUACUGCCCCUCCAGUGGGACUGAUUCAAUACUGUGUGCCGCCCCUAUGGGGACAGAUGGCUCCAGAGGUACUGGAGGAGGCAUUGGCAGUUCCACUGGAUCUGGAACCAGAUCUCCACAAGUCAAAUCUGAUGCCCCUAAAGAAGAAGCUCAGGUUUGGAAUAAAUCCUCUGAGACAGCAAGACCAUACCAGCCCAACAAGACCAAUGGAAUCCUAGACAAAUCACUAAAGCAAAUGGUCACCACAGAUUCAUCCAGGGCUUGUCUCGCUGAAAAGCUGGGGAAGAGUCUGAGCCCUAAAGUGAAACCCUACAAGAAUGGCAAAGUUGAGCUGGAGAGCUGCAAAAUAAAUGGCAAGGUUCAACUGGAGUAUGACGCACAUUGGCGCUGGGUGCAGUCGCAGGAUGAUGUGACUUUUUUGUGAUUUUCAAGCCAAAGGUGUUGAUUGGAGAUUUCUCUGGUCCUCUAUUCACCACUGAGCUUUUGUUUGCAGACUUUGAGCUUUGAUUAAUUUGAGGUUAAGAGGUCAGCAAUGGAAAAGAAGCUUAGACCUGUGGGGGGUCAGAGUUUAAAAAUCCUGAAUUAAUUACAUUAGACUCUAUAUCAGGUUGUGUAGAUGUUUAUGGAUGCAUGUUUCAAAUGUGCAUUUCAUGUGGGAUCAUAUAUAUAUAUAUUUUUUUUGUAAUGGCAUCUAUUGAUUCAGCACAACUAUUUAUUGAUUUUUUGUUAAGCUUUUGGAUGUUGAAAAUGUCAAAUCAGUCCUUAGAAUCAAUGAAAAAGUUCACAAAAUUAAUUUUUUUUUUUUUUUUUUCAAAAAGCUGAGGUUGGCAAGAUUUUUUCAUGUUUUUGAAAGAAUUCUCUUAUACUCACCAAGGCUGCAUUUAUUAUUGCAGAAAUACAGUAAAACAGUAAUAUUAUGAAAUACUAUUACAGAUUAAAAUAGCUGUUUUCUAUUUUAAUAUAUUUUAGAAUAUAAUUUAUUUCUGUGAUGGCAAAGUUGAAUUUUCAGCAGCUAUUACUCCACUCUUUAGUGUCACAUGAUCCUUCAGAAAUCAUUACAAUAUUCUAUUUACUGUUAAUAUCAGUGUUGAAAAUAGUUUAUUAUUAAUGCUUAAUAUUUUUGUGGAAACCGUGAUACAUUUUUUCAGAAUUCUUUGAAUAGAAAGUUCAAUACAAGUGCAUUUAUUUGAAAUAGAAAUCAUUUGUAACAAUACAAACGUCUUUAUUCAGUCACUUUUGAUCAAUUUAAUGCAUCCUUGCUGAAUACAUUUCAAAAGACAUUUCCUUAAUAUUUUGAAGUGGACCAAAGUUUGUUUAGCUAAAACAAUCCAGAAGCUUGAAACCACAGUAACUUAUUUUGUUACAAAAAUCAGCGAAUGUUUUUUUCUCACCAUUUUGUUGGACCUUUCUGCUGAUUACAAUAUGGACAAAAUGAAGUGUAGCAUUUGCUCUUAAACUGUUGGGAAUGUUUAAAUCAUGCUCAAUUUUACUGCCAAAGUCUUAAAUCACCUCAGAGUGUGUUUCUUUGAGUUAACAUCUAAAGGUCAAAGAACAAAUCCAUUCUGAAUACCAAGCAUGUUCCCAUCUGUUACAAUGUGACCCUGAGUCCAGAAUCAGCAACACCCUUGAGUUGCCUUUGACAAUUAAUUAUAAUCUACAAUCAGAAUGUCAUUUUUACACACACACACACACACACACACAUAUAUAUAUAAUUGUUGAUUUGAAAACUGCUUGUAGUUUACUCUUUGUCUGUCAGAAUGCUUAUGUAAUCAAUCAGUAAAAAUGCUGUAUUGUAAGUCUAAUCAGGUAAACCAUGGGUUAGCUUUAAGUAGGAUCCUGUUUUGGAGUAUCAAUUAUACUGUUUAUAUUGGGUCAAUUAAAUGAGCUUGAAAAACAGGAACAGGAAAUGAAGGAUGUCAUAUAUAUCUUAUUCCACUGCACAGAUCCAAUGGAGUAAUAAUGCUCACACAAACGCAUGGAGACCAGUGGUUGUGCUGUGAUCUUUGCAUUUGUAAUAUGUCUUUUACUUGUUAUUUAAAAAUGUCGCACCUCAAGUGCACUUUUAAUUUAAAGCUGUUCAGAUUGCUAACUCUUACCAGUUAAUCAAGUUCUAUAUGUGGUGUAACUUUGACUAGUCACAGUGUUAGCACUGGAUAUAAUCCUGCAUUGUCUGUUUUGUAUGCCAAAAGAACUGCAUUGAUGUAAUAUUUUUUUGUCUAAUGCAAGAACUGAAAGUACUAUCAGUAUUCAAUAAUUUAACAUAUGUGUUAUGUAAUAAAACACCAUACUGUA